UAUUUACGGUAAAACUCACAGGUUCAUGAACUUCGCUUUAAACUACAUGUUUAUGAGUUGUGGAGAAUUUGUUCUAAGGAUUUUCUGAGAUUUUUAUUUAUAUAUAAUAUUUGAUGGAUUUUGUGAAAUGGCGAAUGAGAAGAUUGUGCAGUUUAAUCUGACUUUGUGGAGAAUUUGUAACUUUAUAAUGUCUGGGUUUUUCUCUUUAGCUGCUUAUGUUCAGAUAAACGACCCUGAUGCCAGCCUGUGGAUGGUCGGCUAUGCUAUACCUGCUGGCCUGUGCUUUUUAAUCAGCUGUCGGCCACAAAUAACAGAGACACUGGCAUGGAGGAGAGUUGCUGAUCUGCACGUGAUGAUGGCGACAGCGUUUGGUGCUCUGCUGGGCUGGAGUCUGUAUAAACACGGGGUUACACACAUCUUCCACCAGGAGGAGGGCAGGGAGUUUAGUGGCCUGAUGCUGAUGGUGAUGUGGCUGCUCAUGUGUCGACACUCAGGACGCGGUGGUGUUGGAGCUCUGAGACUGUGCACUGCUGUGGUCAUCACCGCCUUCCCCAUCAUCACAUGGAUCUAUUACUACAUCCAUAAAGAGCUGAGAGCCGACUGGCCCUCACACUGCACCACUACACUGUAACACACCUGCACUAAUUCACACACUCGUUAACACUAAACCCUGAGCACAGUGUGUUUACUGAGCGAACAACGUGUUCCAGUCACGCGUCCAUACUGAACUGUACGAGUGAAGCUGUGAAGGAAAUGAAGGAAUCGGUCUAUGCUGAAGGAAAUUAAUAUUAUAGAUUUUGUUAAACAAGCAAAUAAAACAUUCCACUCCUUUUCCA